UUGACAUAAAUCAAUCUUUUUAUAUUUAUUCUGAUUUAUGACACUAAUAAUUGCAAAAUUUAAAUUCACGUUAGAAAAUUAAUUUUCUCCACAUCCGAGUCUAAUAAAUAUCACACUGUAGAUGCCGCCCACUAAGAAAAUGGCAGAAACUGUUACAGAUAGUUCCAGUGCCUUGGCAAAGGUUCUGGGCUAUACUUUUGGUAGAACUCUUGGAGAAGGAUCGUAUAGCAAGGUACGUACUGCAAAAAGUCCGGAAGGAAAGAUAUUGGCAUGUAAGCAAAUUAACAAGGAAUGUGCAGGAAAAGAUUUCAUUGAAAGGUUCCUUCCAAGGGAACUAGGAAUAAUUUGUAACAUAAAACACCCUCACAUUGUCACUGUGCACAAAGUGUAUGAAAUAGCCAAUAUCAUUUAUAUUUUUAUGGACUUCUGCCAAAAUGGCGAUUUAUUGGAGUACAUUAGAAAAAAUGGAAAUUUUUCAGAAAAAACUUCGAAAGAAUUAUUCAGGCAAGUAGCAGGUGCUGUUGAUUAUUUGCAUGGCUUGGAUUUGGCACACAGAGAUUUAAAAUGCGAAAAUAUAAUGUUAAUGGCCGACAAUCGAGUCAAAUUGGGCGAUUUUGGUUUCGCCCGCCAUUGUAAAACUGCUCAUGGUGAGGAAAUUAUGUCGAAAACAUUCUGCGGUUCAUCCGCCUAUGCAGCACCAGAAAUAAUUCAGGCUCUUGAAUAUGAACCAAAAAAAUAUGAUAUGUGGGCAAUGGGCUGCAUCUUGUAUAUCAUGACCUGUGCGUCCAUGCCCUUUGACGAUUCUAAUAUCAAGAAAAUGAUAAAACUUCAAUUAAGCAGACAUAUCCAUGCAGUUAUAGCAAAGUGGGAGACUCGUACUGAAGCACUUAAAUAUCUCUUGUGCGGCUUACUAGAACCAUGUACUAAGGAAAGAUAUACCAUAGAAGAUGCGAUCAACAGUCAAUGGUUAAAGGAGGAUUAAUGAAUACCAUAACAUUUAUUUCAAACAUUUAUCAUCGCUUGUAAUAACAAUUUGUAAUUUAUGUUUAUCAGAAGGUUUUAUGAAUUUGACUGAAGUAUCACAUUAUAUCAUUUGUAUAAAAAUAAAAGCAUAUCUUAAUUGUAA